AUGUUGCCAACUGAGAUUCCAGGAGGAGUGUGUUUCACCUCAAGGUAAGAUCUCGCAACCUAUACGAACAGGUCCAGAGGAGGAAGGCUUGUCAGUGUUAGAUAACUUUGCGCUUGAAUUGGAGCCUUUGUGUCUUCUGCACCAUCAAGACAACACUGUCAUGUUUUUGUAAAUGCUGUGUCUGGGAGGAAAAAAAGGUGAAGUCUCGGUGACCUUGCUACUUGCAAAAAUAUGAUCUGAGAUAGAGAAGAACCGGGUCUACAGGUAAGCUGGGGUCCAGUGCCAGACGCGCUGCUUUGGAGAUCGUCAGAAACUCCUUACAAAUAAUAAUUGUCUGUUUUAAGAGAGGGGAGUUAUUUCCAAAAACAUGCACAAGAAAUUUGUCUAUAAAAGGUUACCAAGCCUGACUCUUUUAAAGAAAAUUCUGUCUGUCAGGGCAGAAACUCUCAAGUGUGCCUAUUUUACGCACAAACUUCUGAUCCAUCUCCUUUGUGGAUCAUUGCGCACAGCAGCAGAAUUCAAAUAGUGCUUCAUAUUGUUAUUAUUGUAUUAUAGUUUCAGACUGUCAGGCUGUUAGUCUCAAACAUAAUUCCAUGAAUGCGUCAGUAAUCCAUUUAACCCGCAAUUAGGCGCAUCAUCAAAUCAGAUAACAUUUACAUAAUUCAUUUAUUUAUUCAUUAUUUUAUUUUCAGCUGAAAUGCAGCAAUUCUGAAAUGUUACAGCCAUCCUAACUGGGAUGAUAUUUAACAUUUGUCCAAAACUUGUUGGAUUAGCCAACAAAGGACAGAAAUUUUCAAAAAUAUCACAAAAAUAUAUUUUUGUUUUUGUCUACGUGGAAUAAAAAAGGCCUACAUGCUGCAGGCCUACAUAUUAUCCACAGUCAUUUAGACAGCAAACUAAGAAAAAUACAAAUGUCCUGUAAGGCCAGAGAGAACAAAGGAUAGCCAUGUUGAUUUAAAAAUGAAGAGCUGUUUUUUUUUCUCAUAUUCUUUUUCUUAUAUCCUUUUUUUUUCUCCACUAUUUUUCGGGGUGUAAACAAAAUUAAGGGCGAAUUUUAAAGCUGUCCGUUUAUUUGGUAAGUCGUAAAAUUACCUUAAACGAGGAAAACAUCCUCAAACCAGCUCAAAGAAAAAACAAUCUGUGGUAAUUUUAAACUCGUUGAAAUUUCUAUUUUUUUCGAGAUAAUUUCAUGGAAAUUGUCAGAAUAUAUUAGGCUACUGGAACAAUUUUAAAGCUGUUAAUGUGAAGUCUGGCAUGCAUUUUUAAACCCGAAGAGAGCAGAUUCAUGGCCGAACUUUUGGGCCUUUUAACCAAAAAUUACGGUAACACAUUUCACUGAUCCAAAGCAGUUCCUUUUACGAUCGUUAAGUUAAAUUAGAUCUAAAAUAUCUGCCCGACUGAUUUUCCUAUAUUUAUUUAUUGUUAUUUUUGCCUUCAAUUAAAAUAAGUCUCAUUUCAGAUUUAAAGUAGACAAAAAUAUAUCCAUGCAAGUGUUUGUUUCUUCAAGUGCCAUAACCUCUCCCUUUUUGCGCACCGUUUCUAUGAUAUCCAAUCGGUUAACUGAAGCGUUCAACUCGUGUGUUGGAUGAAAAAAAAUGUGCAUUUUUGUCUCCUGAAGCGAUCACAUUGAGGGAAGGAGAGAAGGGAUGAAAACAGAGGAAAGUCAGCAGUCCUGUCUGCAGCAGCCUCCAUCCUCAACGCCUUUCGGUGAGUGCUCCAAGGUCCUCUUUUAGCCUGCGUGAGGCCCCAAACAGAAAAUAAAACACACGCAAUGAAACACCAGAAAUUGACACCGAAGACAAACAUAGUCUUAUUACCAAGAAAAUAUUCCUUUUUUUUAAAAAAAUCAUCUAUAUGAAUUUCAUCAUACCCUUGUUUUUAUUGUGUGUGAAUCACUGAAGAAAUAUCUACAAAGCCCAUUUAGGAGGGGAAAAUGUAUGAAAAUGACAAUUAAUUCAGGGCAUGACUUAUACAAGGAUGCAAUAGCCUAAAGGUUUGGGAAAAUUAAAGUAAAAUUUCCCCUUUUUUACGCUGACCAAUGGUUAAAAAAAAUAAACAAAGACUAAAUCAAUGCUUUGACAUAUUUAGAGGGGUUGAAAGAGGCACAGACCUGAUCCAGGGUUGAAGAUAGCAAGUGUCCUCAUGUGCCAAGAAAGAGAUGCUAAAAAACGACACACACAGUUGUUUUUUCUAGUUAGAAAAAAAGGGUAUCAGUCAAUUAAAAAUGCUACAUAAUUGUUUUACAGAUGGCCAAGAGUGAAACUUUAAGAAAGACAGUGUAUCAUAGAGGAGAGGGGAUGUCACCAAAAAGACGCACAGUGUACCUGACUCUGGUUUUGUUUCUAUUAAAACACUGAUAUGUUUCCCUCAAGGUCCGGAGUUCAGGGGAGGGGGAGAGCUGUGUGCGGGCUGCGAGUCUCCCAUCGCCGACCGCUUCCUGCUGCGCGUGAACGAGCGCUCCUGGCACGAGACCUGCGUCAAGUGCGCCGUGUGUUUGAGCGCGCUGAGUGGGACCUGUUACUGCAGGGACCGGCUGCUUUACUGCAAGCACGACUAUGAGAAGUAAGAGACACACACACACACACACACACACACACACACACACACACACACACACACACACACUGUUGACUUUUGACCUUGUUCAUAUAAAGGCCCGUUUGGAUAAAAUAAUUCCAAUAAAAUGCACGUCCUUGUCUUAGAGGUUGUUUUUCACAGUUUUUGAAAUUCCAAGUUGCAUAUUUUUUUUCCCUCAUACUACACUCAAAUUCGCUAAAAAUUACUUACAAAGAAAAUUAUAGCCUUAUAGCUUUAACAUGAAGUAUUGAUGCUAAUAUCAUAAUGUCAUAGUUCACAACUGUUCAUUUUCAGUACUUUUAUUAUUAAAAUAAUGGUGUUCCUCACUCUCCUCAUACCUUUGAGUGCUAAAAAAGAGAAAGCUAAAUUUACAAAAAUAAUUUAGAUUUAAAAAAAAAGCACUAUAUCAUAAGUUUAAAUUUGGAUAGCUAGAGAAGUUUGUGGCAGAUAUUUCAUACCCCCACUGAGUUGUGUAACACCGAAUGAAACUGAACCCACUAAUAAGUAACUGAGUUGUCCCUGUUAGUCAAGUAGAAAAAGCAGGUGAUAAUACCCAAGAGAAGGAGUCUUUCUGUUUGAACACAUAGAAACAUCAUUUUGGCUGGUGGUAAACACUGUCAAAAAUUUAUAUAAAAAUUGAAAACUCUUUUUAAAAUCCAGAUACUUUUGCCGGCUGUACUGUGCAUGGAUCAUUCUUCAGAAAACAUGACCAUGCAUCAUUUGAUAAUUACUGAGCAAAUUAAAGGAUACUUGCAGUGCAGCAAAUGAAUCUUGUAUUCAUUCAUUCCAGACAGAUUAAAAAGAAAAAUGUUUAAAAAUGUGUAAGUCACUGCAAAGACCUCCUUAUAAAAUAUACCUUACUUUAUCCUAAGAGUGUGUCAUGAUAGAGACGACAAAAGCUGUCCUUCAAUAGUCAUUCGGACGUCAAGAACUACACAGCUCUCAGUCAUUUAAUGUUUUUUUUUUCUAUUUUUCUUUCAUUCAUAUUUUUGCAUUACAUCACAAAUUUUAUACAAAUACAGGGAAACGCACAAGUGUGGCAUACACAGCAUCAACAGUGUAUUUGGGGUGUUGUUGUGAUACAUGCUCUGACUAAAGAGGACUCUAAGGAUCAUUGUAGAUACAGAUUAAUAUAAAUCAGAGCUCAUUCAUACUGUGUCCACUUUUGGGAAACUUAAGAGUAGGACUCCUUGUGAGCUGAAAUCCAAAAUACCUCAAGAAACAAUCAUAAACAUAAAUUUAUUUCAGAUUCAUGAUGGAUGUUUUGCUCUUAAUUUAUGAUCCCAACUUCAUCCAAAUAACAUCACUACACUGUUAUUUCAUCACCAUAGUAACGAGGACACAGUCCUCACACACUACAUUUCCCUGCAAUGAAAAACAAAAACACAAAGCUUUUGCGUGUCGGAGUGUGUGUGAGUGUGUGUGAGUGUGUGUGGGUGGGUGUACCCGCGGUUGGUCAGUGGUCAUGACUGCAGUGGGAGCCGCAGGAACAGACAGCUGAAGGACGAGCCCGGAGCUUGUUAUCAUUGUUUUGAAAAGUGUCAGACGGCAUCCAGCAGCACAGACGCUCCCACUGUACCUGACAUCUGGAGAAAGAGAGAGAGAGAGAAAGAAAGGGUAUGAGACGGAGAGAGGGAAGGAGAGAGCGGGGAGCUGCCUGAUGAAAGUCCCAUUGUGUGACGUUAAUCUGAAAAAAUGAGUGGGAAACAUGGAGGCAAUAGCUUAUCAGAAACGAGGCAGUGGGUUCAUUUUCAGUGAUGGAAUGUAAAAACGUAUUUGCUCUCCUCAUGUAAUGACUGUAAUUGUAGAUUUAAAUUAAAAGUCAGCGGCUUAUUCACUGUUGUGUUGAUUUAGUCCGCUAUACAUUGCAUAUGGAAAGUUGCCUUGUUGUGUGAGUGUGUGCCAGACUUGGCACACAGAGCUGACUGUGACCUUCAGCGAAUCAGCAACAAUGUCUCCUUGUUUUUCCCUGCAGUCUGUCCAUCAGUGCCUUAAACCACACUCACACACUCCCCGUCUGGAGCAGGUGCGUGUGUUGGAAUAGAUUACCAUGUCCAAGAAUCUGGGACGUGCAUGAAAAUUUAAAGGGAGUUCAAAUAAUUAGACUCGAACCCUUUCACCUGAAGCUUGGUGCCGCUUUUAUCUAAACUAAAACAAAAUACUGAAUAACUUCCUGCUUUGCUGCUAAUGCACAGUGACAGCAGUAUUGAUCUUUUGUCUUACUUGUUAGAUGUAUGUAGAUUCAAAAUAUGAGUGACUUUUUAUAAAUAGUGGGAUGUUCCUCUUGAAACAGCUGAGGUUUGCCAAAUAAUUUUUUAACAUGUCCCUUAUUUUGUGUGCACCACCCUGCAAAAACAGAUAUGCACAACUCCUCUUCCUGCCUCCUUAAAGCUUCAAAACAAAUCUGCAUCAUUUUAAAAUAAAUCAUUAAGUGUUUUAACUCUUUGCUUGCUUUAGUAUUCUUCCCCAAAAAAAACAGAAAAAAAGUUGUUUUGGGCUACAGUUGAUCAUUUCUGCUAAAAUGAAAACAAGCGCACCAAUGUUAAUGUCUAUCAAUUCAAAUGAGACGACAAAUCUCAUUUUGAAAUGUGGCCCAUCCCCCCCAUGCUGAUUCCUCCGGGAUAAACUGCCUCUGAGGCAAAAGUUUAUUCGACAUUUGCAUGUUUAAUGUUUUCAAAGGAAAUUUUUGCUUCUAAUAAUUCUGGAGAGAUCGCCCCAGCGCUUGCAAAAGACAAGCUCAGGUUCCAAAACAAUGCUCGCACCAAAUUUAUAAUCUUUAUCAAAAUAGCUCUUAAUUUAAGGGCUUUUGAGUUAUAUAGGAUGAAUGAGUUGUGAGUCGUUUUUAAGUUGAGUUGUUGAAAAAAAAUUAAAUAAAUAAGUGAUCAUUUUCUGCCACUCAUUAUCCUUGGAAUAAAACAGGAGCUAUGCCUUCAAUUUAGAGAUUCCCCUGUCUCAAUCUGUUAUGGUAAUGAGGGGAUUUAGACACAAUAAACUGAAGUGCAUCUUGUGGAUUUCUCUUUUGGAUUUAUUUUUCAUGUUGAAAACCUCAAGAAAUUCUCUGGAACUCCAUCUUGUCAUGGACCAGAUGUUCAAGAUGAAGCUUUAGAAUAAAUUUGUGGCGAGACCGUCUCUCACACUCAAAGUUUUCAUCGUGAUGUCUUUAUGCACUCGUCUGGUGCAGUGCAUUACUUCUGUUGUUGAAAUGGGCAGAGUUAUACAAACAAAAAAGAUGGAAAUAAGCUCAAAUGUUGUUUCAAAGGCCUGAAAGAGGAGGGCAUAUUUUGAAUAAGAAGUUUUAGGGAAAGUGUCAUCAUAAAAUGUCAUUGUUCAUCCUUUUCUGAAGUGACAAUAUAACCAUCUGACAUCUUGGAUAAACUUGCAACCAUACUUGGCAUGCACCCUUUCGAACAGUUGACAUUUUUCACACUUGUUAGACUGUAUGGGUCCCUGCCAAAGUGAGCAGUAGAAGGCCAGCAUUCCCCGGUCAACAGUGCUGAGCUCGGUCAGAAUGGAGGGCUAGUCUGGCUGUGCGGCGCCCCCUUGUAAGCCCCAUAAAGGCAGCUUCACCUCUGUGAAAAACAGGUCGCCGGGGUGGCUAUUCACUAAACCUUAGGUUUAAUACCUCACUCUGUGGGGUGGAGGGCACCAAGUUUACAUGUAGGUUUUCAAACCCUGUCUUUGCGGACAGAGUGAGGGAGACCCCGCCGUCACAGUUAUGGACCAGGUAGAUAAAUGUGAGUCCAACACCGCGUCUCCUCUCAAGUUACAGUGCGUUUAUGUAAGUGAACUUCUGAGUCCUCCUGCACUAAAAUACUGAGACUGAGGAUGGAAACUGAAUCUUCUCCCCUUGUUCCCCCCAUACUUCCCCCCACCCCACCCACCAUUCCUCUCCCUGUCUCUCUAUCCUUUACCUCGUUCAUCACUGUCUGCUUUGUAAUAUUAUUUCUCUAUUCCAAACCUCAUUUCGUUCUCGUUGAGAUUGAUGGCAGCCAUGACACCAAACAGUUUAUCUCCCCGUUUAUCCCUUGUUUUCUCUUAAUCGCCUCCCUUCCCUCAGCGCCUCUUUGUGUCUCGGGAAGGGAAUGGGAGAGGGAGGAGGAGGUGGAGGAGGUGGCGAGGCUGAUUGGUACGGUGCUAAUUACCCAGCAUUCUGUGGCUGUCCUGUGAUGACAGGCCUGACACUGGGCUGCUGGGAAAUACUAUUAGAGGGAAUUAUGCAAUGACACACCAGAAAGAUGACAAGUCCUCAUCACUGUCCCCAUAGAUUAAUGACUCAGUGCCAUUUUAUAAAACACUUUAAAUGCAUUAAAGGCUUAAAAGUGAAAGUAUCAGUGUUUUCACAGGGUUUUGGAUCGCAAAAGAAACAUUUCCAGUUUUUUGGUUGUUUAUUUCUAGGAUAGUGGAGUGCGAUUUUAUUGUGGCGCUCACAGGAAUGAAUUAUUUCAUCUGAGAGUUAUUUCAUUUCUGAGAGAAAAAGAUAAUAAAGGUGGCAGAAGGAAUCUCAGAAACUCGACUGCAAAUCAAACUGUUUGCUAGAAAGUGAGUGAAAUGUCCUUAAAAUACUCAAUUUGUGUCUUUUCAAAGCAGUAGUUGUGGUUUUAGUGUAUGUCCAGGUCAAUCAUGGUUAUUUAGUGGGAAGCAACACAUGAUCCAUGUCCAGACACUUCAGGGGUUUUACAUAACCUGCAGCUCAGCACAUGAUGGUUGUAGAUCUGCCAGUGGAGAUGGUAGAGCAAGGAUGGGGAAGUUGUUGUGAUUUCACGGUGUGCUUCGGAAGAUUUUCUGUGUUAUGAUUAAAAACCACCAGGGAGAGAUCUCGGUGAUGAAGCUGGGGUCUAAAACGGGAUAAGUAGGGUAAAGAUGAGGUGCUUGAGUUUGGGGAAAGGACACAGACGCGGGGAUGGGCAGAUUUUUGCGGGUGUACGAGGAGGGGGUGAUAUUGCCACUGUUUUUGCAUAAUGUGAGAUGAGACCCCAUCAUCUUUCCUCCCCCACAACAAUUUUAUAACAGACAGCUAAUAAAUGUUUCAUGGCAGAACAAGCUGCUCGCCUUGGCUUUAUUAAAUCUGAGAUAAUAAAAGCAGAGAGAGGGAGGAAAAAGAGGAAGAGAAUAGGGGGUCGCACUAGAGAGGGAGAGAUAGGGAGAUCGGCGUAGACUUUUCUCAAAUCGACCGGCUGUAUCUCCUGUUUCUGGGGCAACGGGUCCCGCUGUCCCCCGCCACCCCCUCCCCGCUGCUUCCCACUCCGCCAGAGACAGACAGGAAAUGAGAAACGGGCAGACAGGAUAUUGCGUUCUGGUGGCCUGGGGAUUAACUGUUUUAUCUAAACUAACACACACACGCGCACACACACACAAACACACAUCUAUAUCCUCACACAUAGCAUUCAUUCUUGGUAGCAUCAGGUGUAAAUCGCACACACACCCAGGGACAGCUAUCAUGCAAACUAUGUGCGCCAUAGAGUUUUUUUGUGGUUACUUUAACAGGUAUAUUCAUGUAGGCCCUCAAUACAACAGACAUGAGUGCUGCGCUCAUGUAACGCUGGUCUUAUUACCAGUGUGAAGAGUUUACAGUAAGAGUCAUGACAUGUAACUGUAUAACUGUGAGAUAGGCUGAGGGGCUGUGCAGAAAUGCCUCUUUUCUCUACGCUGCAGGCCCUCAUCGCCAUUUGAUAACAAGUUUAACAGAAGCUUUAACAAAUUUUUGCAUUAGCAUUCAUUCAGCAAUAGGACUGUUUAUGAUUUUACUUUAUUGAUGCAUGGAUGGUGCACAAAUGAGAGCAUCUGUCAGUGUUUUAUUGAUGUUUGUACCCAGGCACCUUAUCUGUAUUUACACAAACUGUGCAUAUUUGUGUUUACGUGUGCAUGUGACUGUACGUACGUUUGUGUAUGUGUGUGCGUGUGUGUGAGCAUAUGUGUGUGUGACAGUACUCUCUCUCUCUUUCUCUCUCUCUCUCUCUCUAUAUAUAUAUAUAUAUUUAUAUACAUGUGUGUAUUUGUGUGAGUGAGCGUCAGUGAGUGGUGGCAGGGGUAGUGAGUAUCGUGGGGAAUGCUGGGAGAUUUUAAUAACACAGAAGCAGUGCAGGGAGAUUUAAUAAAAGGAGAUGAUGUGAUUACUGAACCCUGGCUCUGAGCCAUUUUGCUUCACAGAGCAAUAUCCGCCCAAAGUGCGCACACACACACACGCACGCACACACACACAUUUCAGGCACACGCGCACACACACACACACCUUAGAGAUGGAUACUGAGCGGAAUAAAACUAAAAAGUAAAAUUGUUGCAUAUCAUUGUUUCUUUGAGCUCCAACCUCAUGAAUCAUCCAAGGAGUGUAAAAACACAGGUAUGGUCAUUUGAACACAUUACAAUAGUCUAACAUUUACCAACCAGCCUUAAUCAAUCUAAUACAACCUAAUACAACAGCCGUAACAUUAAUUCUACUUUUACAAAGCUUUCACAUUCACAACUUUUGUUGACAUGGUCAGACAGGUGAUAAUUAUUCUUUAAAAUUAUUCUGCUUGUGGUAUUCUGGAGUGCAUGAUAAGUGGACAAACAAUCAAGACCACCUCUCGAUAAAACACACUUGAGUACACCACCACCACCACCCACUACAUCUUGAAAAAUAAAUAUGGAGAACAAUCAUCACUGGUCUGAUCAUGUCAACCAAAACUGGAAAUUUAAAAGCUUCCUAAAAGUAGAUUUUGUGGUACUAAAUCUCAGCUUCUAUGUGAAAUGCAUCUUAAACUUAAAAAGAGUAUCAACAGUAUAUCUUUGGUAAAUUUUAAACUUAAUUCUUUCAAGUAACUCUGAGUUCAUUUCACGCAAUAGCCAUAAAACUAGCACAAAAGUAGACAGGAUGCAGCCUUGUAUAAGCAAAUCUGUACCUGUAUAAAUAUUCACAAGCGCAACAUCUAUACUUGCUCUGAAACUCUUGUGUGUCUAUGAAAUGAUUGCUUUGAGGUCCAUGUAGUCAUCAUGCUCGUCUGAGUUCAAAUGCAAAACUAUGCCACAUGACACAGCUUCAGGAGAUGACGAAAAUUCUGUUAUUCUGUUUGUAUACAUUAAAGCAAGAAGGGAGGGGUUGGGUUAUCUCCACCCAGUGCUUACAACACAUCAGCCUCUACAUUUGAUCUCAUAAUCAGUGAGCUUGUAAUUAGCUGUGCCCCCUAACCCCUCAGAAAUCCAUCGCAGGAAACACAGAAGUGCCUGCAGCCAAAGUUCCCGAGGUUUUGUACAUCAUGAACUUCAGCUCAGACACUCAGACAGUCAUCUGUCAGCUUUGUAAUUCUUUGUAAUUAUGUACAUACAGUAUGAAUAGUGCACACAUCACUUCAUAAAAGAAAAGCCGUCUAAAUCCUGUGAAAAGUCCUUUCAAAAUAGCGCUUCAGAUAACUGGUCUCAAUUGUAUACAUCAGUGGUUUAAAUUUAUGUUUGUUAUACCUGAUUUAAAAUGAAAGGGGAAAAAAACUAAUCUAUGUUUUUCAUCAGUGUAUUGCUAAUGUCCGUUUUACUUACACAGCCUCUAUGAAAAUAGCAUACAGAUAAAGGCCUUUGCUUUUUAUUAUCAGAUCUUGCAAAACAAAUAUGACUGUUUGAUGUGCUUUUCUAUCAAGCUGCAGAAAUUCAGAAAGGGAAAAUUGAAAUUUAAUUUGUAUGUGCAGAGACACAAAAUAAUAGCGAAUGAAAGAAAUCUUGUGUGUGGUUGUUUUUUUCUUUUUAUAUAUUGUCAGAAUAUAGUGAAUAAAAAAAUGUACCUGCUCUUGCCACCAGGUUCAAAGUGAUUUAUUGGAAGCUGCACCCUGGUCAGGGCUAGUGUGAGUAAUGCUUCUAUUAGAGGGAUUAGACUGAUCUACUUACAGACCCCCCUCUGAGGCAGUUGCCCCAAGUUGCCUUCAUUUGCCAUGUUGAGUAAAUUCCUACCGUGCUGUGUACACCCUGAUUAGGGAGUGUGGGACUUAACCACCAACAUCAUCGGUCUUAUGUCAAGCCAUUCUGUGACAUUUCUGUUCUCCUCUGCUUUGUCCGUGUUGAAAGGAUGCACUGAAGGAGGUGAAGAGUGUUUGGAUGGAGCAUUAGGCCCGUACAGAGCAGGCAGGAAUCCUCUCUUGUGUAAUCAUUCGUAAGAUAAAGCAGACACUACAGCUGAUAACUGCAGCUGAUGUGCUUUUUAUUUUGCAAUGUUUCUCUGAGAAAGAGGAUAAGUAACUUUUCAACAAAGGUCCUGUAAAAAUACACCUGCCUAGGGCAGCUAAUGAGGACAUUUGUGUUUGCUUUCUGAUGUUAAGUUAGCGACACUGUCAUUUGGGGAAUUUGGGAAGUAUUUGGCAGAUGGAUUGAGAAAGAUUAGCUGUAGCAGCUGCGUUUGGGACAAAAUCACAGAUUAGGAGCUCUAAUGUGCAGGCCUGGCUCCAUCUUAACACUCCAGAUUUGGGCAACAACACCUUCCUAUCACUCGGUCAGGGACCACAACACUUCUGCUUCGUCCUUUCCUCCCCCUGUUCACUCCCGUCUUUUCCUCCCUCCCUCUCGGGUCUUUUUUUUUUUUUUUUUUGGUAUCUCUGGAGAAAAGAUAUUCAGGUAAACAUGCAUAUUUCUACCAUCUCCUGAUGAGGUCCAUUUUGCCAUCGUUAUGUUUGGUGUUGGUUGACUAACCAAUAUCAGAGUAGAUAAACUAAUAUUCUGUGAGUGUGUACAAAUGUCUUAGCACAUGCCUGCACGUGUGUAUGCAUGUGUGUGUGAGAGAGUCUAUGUUCUUGUGUGUAUGUGUGUUUUAGUGUGCAUAAGUGAGAGGAGAGAGAUUAACCCCAUGCUAUCCCCAAUCCCUGGUUAUGAGUUUACAGCGUCAGUCUGGCCAUCGCACUGUUUAAACAACAAUCUAAUUAAUCCUGUCUUUAUUAGUUUCAGUGAACUGGGGAGGCAGGCUGGGAGGGCGCAAGGGAGAACUGGGAAUGCUGGCAGAAAAUACUUGAGAGGGAGGGGGAGGAAACCAAGUGCAUGAGCAGGGAUUUAAGAGGAAUUUAAAGGCAGAGUCUUAGACCCUGUGAAUGGUUGUAGGGAUGUGAGGAGAUGGUGAGGCAGGAGAGAAAUUGAAGGGUUCGAACAUCUCACAGGAGGAGAGAUACAGAAGGACAAAGGAGGAAAGUGGUCAUGGGGAAAAGCAAUGGACCUGAGAAUGACUUCAUGUUAAUCUUUUUCUCAUCGUGUUAAAUAAGCACUUAUAUAUAGUGGGUGGGAUGCAGACAUAGAAGAGUUUAUUCUAUCGAGAAAAUCUCUGCAUUUCAUGAAUUAAAAAGAAAAGGCUCUCAAACAGACAGCUCUUUUAUCACAAGCCAACUACUGCCACCUACUGUAAUGAAGGGGAUACGAUAUAAAAUUUCACACUACUGUUAUUUCCCAAAGCAGAUGUUCUUGUAGUUGCUUUGUGAAUUGGGCGAUGUUUAUACGACCUUUAAUUAAGAGACUGUGCUAAUCUGUAGAAUCAUUUAAACUGAUGGUUAAUGUGUCAGAGCUCCUUGUCUGUGUGUUUAUCUUGAAUUAAUGAUCAGAAGAGCCUUCUUCUGUACUCUUUGACUCCCAUAAACAGGGGUGCACAAUAUUGGAUUUUUGCAGAUAUCUGAUUCGCCAAUAUUUUCCAACUAAUUUCGGCCAAUACUGAUAAUAACAUUGAUAUACGCAAACCUUGUUUUUUCAUUGUAGAGAGCAUCAAUAGCACAAAUAAACUGUUGAUAUUUAAUGCAACUCUUUUUUGGCUGAUAAUAUGCCAAUAACAAUAUUCACAUCUACUGAAACAGAUAACUAACUUCUAAAGCAAUUAUCUGUUGUUAUGAAACUGUUCUGAUUCUGAUCUUUUAUUGUCUUGAACACAUUGAAAAUUUGUUGGCUAAAAAACCCUUAAAUAUAAAAUUGUCUACAUACACUUAUAUCUGUGGGUGUGUUUCAAUGUCUUAGCACAUACCUGCACUAUGCUGUUAAUAUCAAGCAUUAUUACCCGUAGCUUCAUCUUUCAUCAGUGCGUCCUCCUUAUGUAAGCCUUUCUGUGCAUUUCCAGGUUGUUUGUAAGGAAGUGCAGUGCCUGCCUGCAGGUGGUUGGACGUUCGGAGCUGAUAAUGCGUGUGCAAGGCCAGGUGUACCACCUGGGCUGCUUCACCUGCUGUGAGUGUGAACGCCGGCUGCAAAGAGGUGAUGAGUUUGUGCUGAAAGAAGGCCAGCUGCUCUGCCGUAUGGACUAUGAGAAAGAGAGAGAAAUGUUGGCUGCUAUUAGUCCUACACCGACUGAAUCAGGUAAAAUGUGUCUUGUUAUAGGCUGUGACGGCUGAAUCAACUCAGAGUUGCCUUUCUUUCCCACAUAAAUCCAAGUAAACCAUUUCUGCUGCAUUUAGUAUAUUUUUAGCAUGUUUACUGGAAGUCAUAUUGGAGGAAAAAGUAAGGUGAAAUUGACUAUUUUUGAAGCUGCUCCCAUUGUUAAGUGCAUAUAUAACAUACUGGGUGCUGAGAAGAUUACUGGUUCAAUAAACACUUAAAAAGUGGAAUUAUUACACAUGAUAAAAGUGAUCCAAAUCAUUUUGGACUAAUAACAAUGAUCAAAAUUUGCUUUGUCAUCCCAAGCCAUUAAGCAGAGGCGUAUUGCCCUCUUACAAGCAAAGCUAGUCUGUAUAUGUGCUUUUCACCAAGAAUGGUGAGAAUUUACUUUAGUAUAUUAAUCUAGAAAAACAUCUGAGCUGAAACAACAUCUGUUUGCUCUGCAAACUUUCCAGCUAGGAUUGUUUUUCCUCAUGGUGACAUUAGUUUUAAAUAUGUCUUUUCAUCCAGUGAGGAAUCAAAUCGUACCUGCUGUGUCAGCUGCUCUGACAGCUCUAUUGUGUGCUUACCCUGUUCAGUGAAAAGUGAAGACGAGGACGGUGGUGGAGGCUCCGGUGGGGGCAAAGGUGGUGAUGAAGGAAAGGAGCACAAGCGUUCCAAACGUCCACGUACCAUCUUGACUACACAGCAGCGUCGUGCUUUCAAGGCCUCCUUUGAAGUGUCUGCUAAACCCUGCCGUAAGGUGGGAUACAUAUGCCAAAUAAAUGCCUGUACAUUAAUUGUACACUGAGAAUCAACUUGCUUAAAGCUAUAUUUUUCACUAUAAGAAAUGUUUCAGAAAAUAAUAAAAACAACUUCAUACCUCCAGGUGAGGGAGACACUGGCUGCUGAGACUGGAUUGACAGUGCGUGUUGUGCAGGUGUGGUUUCAAAACCAAAGAGCCAAGGUUAGAUCUUACAUAUUUCCUACAGACAUAUUUUGUUUCGCACAUUAACAGAAAGAGAAAAAAAUCAUCAAGACAGUGUUUGUUAUGUGCCUCAGAUGAAAAAGAUAGCUCGCCGACAGCAGCAACAGCAGCAGCAGCAGCAGGAACAAGAGCAACUGGGAGGGACCCGGAGAGGACCCAGCAGAGGAGGCCGUCAGAGCAAUGAUGACAGUGAGGGUAAUGGCUCCAAGUGCUGGUUCAAGUUCAAGAAAAACAUUAGCAGAAUCAAAUAUUUUGUAACGAAUAGAACAUUUUAACCAAAGGGACUAUCAUCUCUAUGCAGAUGGCUCUAGCACUCAUGGCAUGGAUGGGAUACUGGGGUAUCCUUCUCUGCCACGUCAGCAGCUACUUGCUCUGGAUCCGAACAUCUAUGGUGGAGAGCCUUUUAGACAUGGGCUUACACCACCACAGCUUAACAGUGAGCAGCUCCAUUCCUAUGGUGAGACGGGAGGUCAGACCUCCAAGUAAUAAAAAAAAAUCCUUCAAAGAUAACAUUCAUCUGUUAUUUCACCACUGGCAAAAACUGACAACAAAAAUGCUUGACUUAACUAUUCAAAAUACAGCUUUGUGAAUACAGUAAAUGUUAUAUGUCCCACAAACUGUAGUUCACAGGAGCCUUGUAACCUGUUGCUGAAGUAUUACACUGCACAUUACUCACUUUUUCCUUAGAAACUGGCAGUGGGGGGUAGAACGGCAGGAAAUGUCAAAAGAAUUUCUUUUUAGUUGCAUAAGCUGAUGGAGAGAUGUCUGAAGAAAGUUUUCAGUUGUCAAGAAGUGGCAAAAAUUGAACUGACUUUUUGUGGCUCCUUCAGCUUUUUUCAAUAAGAGCUUACUUUCACAUUUCUAUGUUCCUCUCAACUCUUAUGUGCUAUUUUUUUUUACCAUCUCACGUUUUGCUGUUAACACUCUUGCUCUUUUACACCGCAGACUCAGAGACAGUGUUCCAUGACCUAGACAGCGAUGGAAGCCUCGGUCACCUUGGAGACUGCCUCUUAGCAACAGGAGAUGGCAGUCUCCUGGCAGGGCGAGUGGGAAAUCCCAUUGACCGUCUCUACUCCAUGCAGAACUCCUACUUCACCUCCUGA